AAGCAGCUCGUGAAGGGAUCCUAUUAAGUUUCUUCAAGUCAGUACAAGAAUAAAGUUGGUGAUGUUUGCGACGCUAAACGAUAACUCGAUUUAAAUAAAGUGGAAUUUUCAUCGAAAUGUUGUGAAGGAAAAUCGUUUUCAUUUAUAAUUAGGUGCUAAACGAGUGCGAUGUGAUUAAAAUUAAUUUUGUUUAUAAACUUUUGAGAAAAAGUAUCCGAACAACAUCGGGAUUGUUUCUCGAAGUACCUGUUGGGUAUAAAUAUUUUUUCGUCGAUGUAAAUCUAGUGGUUAACGUUCAAAUAUGUUCAGAUGAAUCAUUGUUGAAAAAAAGAAAUGGAUAAUCUCGCUAAUAACUUGGGAAUCAAUUUGCCGGAGGAAAGAGGUUGGGAGUAUAAACAGAUAAGCGUGACGAGGGUGCCGGGUUAUGGAUUCGGGAUAGCGGUUUCCGGUGGUAGAGAUAAUCCCCAUUUCGCAUCGGGCGAUCCUAGUAUAGCGGUCAGCGACGUCCUCGCAUCAGGUCCAGCCGAAAGGCUGUUGCAAGUCAACGAUCGGAUAAUAUCAGUAAACGGAAUUUCCCUUCAAAAUGUGGAUUACGCUACUGCCGUUCAAGUCCUCAGGGAUUCCGGGGAUACUGUCAUGUUGGUGAUAAAAAGAAGAACGAUUCAACACAGUCACGCGCACAGCGCGUCUUUCAACGGUCCACAAUUGACUUCUUUAGCAAACAAUUCGCUUACCGCCAAAGUUACGUUGACAAAAAAUUCCAAAAAAGAAGAUUUCGGUAUAGUGCUCGGUUGCAAGUUAUUCGUAAAAGAAAUAUCGACGAAAGCGAGAGAUCAGUUGUUGAAUUCGAAUCAAUUAUUGGAAAUCGGUGAUUUCGUAACGAAGUUGAAUAAUACAAAUUGCAACGAUAUGAUGUCGUUGAAGGAAGCGAAAAAAAUCAUCGACGGCUCGAAGGAUAAAUUACAGAUAACCGUAGCUAGAGAAUUCGGAUUCAAUUCCAACGGAUCCCAUCAAGCGCAAAGUUCCAUUAGUACCACGGGAGCGGUUAAUAAUUUUUAUAAGGGCGACGAUUUUUUAACUUCCGGUCAUCAAAGUUAUUCCAAUCAAAAUCUGUACGUACAACCGCCCACCAGAAACCCCAAUUUGAAUCAAAACGGAGGGUUCGAAGAGAAAUUGGACCAGAACAGCGGCCCCAAUUCUCUUCCGGAUGAAAAAAGCAACCUCGCGCCGAGAGGUCGAUCCAGAGGACCGCUUUCCGAAGCUAACCUCAAUCAGCUGGAAAACAGGAACAGUAUUUCCGGAUACGGGUUGUUGAAAGGUAGAGACGAACCGCCCAGACCGCCUCCCCCAAGAACAGAAGAUUAUUACAGUAGCCGUAGGCAGAUGUUUGAAGAUGAUCCGAUUAUUCAGAAGACGAAACAGCCCAUACCCGAUGCGCGUUUCAUCACGUUCCUCAAAGAGGGGUCUGUGGGUAUAAGAUUGACGGGAGGCAAUUUCGCCGGCAUCUUCGUAACCGCCGUCCAACCCGGCAGUCCGGCAUCUUUGCAGGGUCUACAACCGGGAGAUAAGAUAUUGAAGGUAAAUGAUAUGGACAUGGGGGGAGUGACGCGCGAAGAAGCCGUCCUGUUUUUGUUGAGCCUUCAAGAUCGAAUCGAACUCAUCGUGCAAUUUUGCAAAGAGGAAUACGACAGUAUAGUGGCGUCCCAAAAAGGCGACAGUUUUUACAUAAAAACCCAUUUCCAUUACGACAACCCCGCCAAAGGCGAAAUGCCCUUCAGAUCCGGCGACGUUUUCCACGUUAUCGACACCCUGUACAACGGCGUCGUCGGUUGUUGGCAAGUCUUCAGGAUAGGUCGCAACAACCAACAAGUCCAAAAGGGCAUCAUCCCGAACAAGUCGCGCGCCGAAGAAUUAGCCACCGCUCAAUUCAACGCCACGAAAAAGGAAAUGUCCGCCAACGAAUCCAGAGGGAGCUUCUUCAAAAGACGAAGAAGCUCGAACAGGCGAUCGAAAAGUUUGGGAAAAGAACAUUGGGACGAUCUACUUUUCUCGGAUACGGUAUCCAAAUUUCCCGCCUACGAGAGGGUCGUUCUCAAACAUCCCGGUUUCACCAGACCCGUCAUCAUGUUCGGACCGAUCGCCGACGUCGCCAGAGACAAAUUGCUCAAAGAUUUUCCCGAUAAAUUCAUUUCGCCACAAUUGGAUACGUCCGAGGUGAACAGUAAAUCGAGUAAAUCCUUAUCGAAUGCCAAUAUAAUCAGAUUAUCUGCCAUACGAGACGCCAUAUCGACGGGGAAACACGCGCUGCUCGAUAUAACACCGAACGCCGUCGAAAGAUUGAAUUACGCUCAAAUGUACCCCAUAGUUGUAUUCUUCAAAGCCGAAACGAAAAUCGUCGUCAAACAACUACGACAGGGGCUACCCAAGUCGGCUCAUAAAAGUUCGAAGAAACUUUUGGAACAAUGUCAAAAAUUGGACAAAGUUUGGAGUCAUAUUUUCAGUGCCAUGAUAACCCUUAACGACAACACCGACACGUGGUACAGGAAAGUUCGUGAAAUAAUUGACAAACAACAAACUGGAGCCUUGUGGAUGUCGGAAAGCAAGGUGCAAGACUUCUAUUCCGACAUAUUUUACCCUACUAUAUACCUUCAACCGCAUAUUAUCGCACCCCGUACGAAUUCCUUACCGCAUCGACACCGACAAUCGAGAAGUCGUUCGAGAAAAUCCGCCCUGUCCAUGUAUAAUUCACCCCAAUUCAUCCACCGCACCACCCCGUCUUACUACCCCCCCGAAAAUUUUUUCUUCUCCCACCUGUCGAGAAUAUCCAGUCAGAAUAGCAUUUUGCCGGAAGCGCAACAAAAUCCCGAAGAAUCUCUGUCGGACGAUUUCCUAUUUCCGAUGUCUUCAUUGCGGCUUUCGUACGCCAGUUCCCCGGAAAGCGAUCUGGAACACAGUCCCGGUCCACCGACUUCCCCAACUUUAACCGGAACUGGUGCUGGUAGAUUAACUAAAGCUAGUUCGGAUCCCAGUGUUGUUAUGCCAGAUAGCAGCACUACAGACGUUCUACCUCCAUAUCAACCUAAUUACGAUGCCAGGUACGGUUUUAAUAAUCAAGAUCAACAACCGCAGUCUUCGGAUACCCAACUCACCCCCACCGAUUCGCCUUUGGUUAAAGAAGCGCCGUACGGCCUUUCCAAUCCCGAUAUUCCCAUUGGUAUCGAUCAACAGAAUCCCUAUGGGAAAACCAUCAACUAUAACGAUAAGAGUACCACCCUGUAUACCAGCGAGUCUUAUCAAAAACCGGAUUAUACAACAAAAAUUCCUGAUCCCAGGCACGAUUUGUACGCCUCGCCUGAAAGAAAGAGCGAUUUCAAUGGAGACAAAUCGAUGCAACAUAAACGACAAGCCAGUACCCUCCACGGUGGUUACAACCACAAGAGUCACGGUGUCGAGCAGAGUCCAUCCAAAGAAGGACUUUACGGUCAAGUACCGGAUUUACCUCCUCGUGUAGAUAGAGCCGUGAAACCGAUGGGGUUAUUGACGACAUCUAAUAAAAUUCCGAACGGGCGAUCUGCCCAUGAACGUUUGUUCGGUACAAAAGCGAUUUCUCACGGCGACAAUUCGGACCCGAAUGCCAACGAAACCAACAACUUUAACGCCAAAGCGGGUUCGUUGGAAAGAAGUCAAAACUCAAAAUCGGAUUCCCUAUCGAGCUACGAUUCUUACAAUAAACAAGCCACCACGAGGAUAGGACCCAACGCCCACGACGAUCUCAAAACUACAUUGUCAAAAAUCGAUUCAAACACCGGCGCCAUUCCAAACAUCCAAAAUAGUCCAUCGAAAUAUAACACAGGACCCAGAUGGGUAGGAUCCAAGAUGGAUCUCAAAUACGGUUUACCCACCGUCGAACAAUUAGAUAAUAGUCCUCGAAAUUCCAGGGAAUUGGGAAAAGAUAGUCCCAUGGACCCGGCGAGUCCUCGAGGAUCCGUCGAAAGGGAUAUUUACAGAUAUUCCAAGUCCCCGGCCAAACAGAACAUUCCCGGAAAGUCUUUAAUCGAAACUAAAACCGAUUACGGUAAAUAUAGUCGAAAUAAUUCCCACCCACACCAACCGCCGCCGGAAUACACCCGCGGCUCCCAUCAAGAUUUAAGAGAAUCCAACCUCAGUAUCCAUCAACAAUCACCGUUAAGAAGUCACAACGGUUACGAUCCCGGUCCCCCGAACGGAAACGCCUACAAGCCGAUACCGCCGCCCAAACCGAAAAAUUACAAACCGCCUUACAAACAGCAAACCGGAUACGGAAGUGACAUCCUGGUACAAACGCCGCCGGUGUAUCACGGGAAAAGUCACAGCAAUCCAGUCGAUCAACGGAACCAAAAUAUGAAUCUAUCGCCUCACCAUAACCACAACUAUUAUUACAACACCCCUCCUCAUCACAAUUACCACCACCCGGCUGAUCCUAACACGCGAUAUCCUCCGGGACCUGGCGGCGGAGGACUCUACGAACUAGCUCCACCGUAUCAAGAAUCACCGAGACGUCAUACGAGCAUCUCCUACGCCAGUCGGAGCGAAAUUACUCCCAUAGCUCAACACCACGACGGUUCGUACGGAGACGUUUUGGAAACCAGACCGCCCAUCGUGGAUCUGCAAGGUUCGAGAGAACAAAGAGGAUCGGCAUUCGAAUUAUACAGGAAGCCCGUUGGGCAUAACGUGAGGGGUAUGGUGGAGCGGCCUGCUUUUUACGGAUCGCAGCCUAAUAUAGUUCAAAAAUUAAACAGGUGUUCUUCAUCCGCUACUAACUCACCAAAAAUAACACCCAAACUAACAAAAACACAAUCGUUCAAACAUCAGAAGAGCGAAGGUUUCACGCCGAAAUUAUUUCGAAAAUUGUCGUUCACGAAGAAGAAUAACAACCGAGAAAGUACGCCGAAAACGAGCAAAAAAUUCCUUCCUCUGCACACGAUGACCGAGAACGUCGACGAAAAUCGAAUAAUGCAGGACAUCAACAGAAAUGCUAGGGAUAUGAGACCGAGUAAAAGAGACGUCACUUCGGCGACAGUCGGUCACAGUGGAGGUACUUUGAUCAACGAUUAUUGGGGGGUUAGUCUGCAAGUACCCCCCGGUGCUAUACCCGAAGGAGAAGAACGUCUAAUCUAUUUUGUCAUUUCUGAUCCCAGAUUAUGCGAAAAUACUCCUCCAUUAGAUCUAGAUAACGGUGAAACUAUGCUGUCUCCUUUGGUGAUGUGUGGACCACAAGGUACUGAGUUUAUGAAACCUGUGAUUCUGAAUAUCCCUCAUUACGCCAACACCCUUCCGAGUUUAGGAAUAAGUUUAAAAGCCACCGAUUCGGAGCAAGACAUCCAUACAGAUUGGGACAACAUUUUGCUUCCCAGUAAUCACGCAGCCAACAGCGUCGCUGUUAAAGUUGAUCAUUUUUAAAAUAAAAAUUUUCGACAAAAAAAACCUCGGUAUAUUUUUACAUUUUACUAUUUUUUUUUUGGUUUUUAACGAAUCAAAAUUAUUAAUCGACUGAUCGUUAUAAUCGUAUGGAUUUCAAAAUUUUUAUUUUGUGAUUGUUUUGUAUUUGUUGAUAGAUUUUAGAAACGUAACCUCAGAUUCCACUGAGACAUUCCGUUCAAUAAAAAAAAAGAAUAAUAAUAAUUGUAUUGAUACGUGUCUCUUUGUAAUUUGUUUUUUUUUUUCUUAUUCAAAUAUUUUGUAUAAACAAGGUUCGUUAUCUUGAUAUUUCCAUAUUUUUAACCAAUUUUUAUGUCCUAAUGUAAGUUUGUUCAUUUUAUAAUAAUUAUUUACGGAACAAAAUAAAUAAUUAUUG